AUGUCGUCGACCAAGCGCUCGCACGACGAGGACGCCGCCCACGAGGCCCACGACGACAGAGCCAAGCGCUCUCGCCGCACGCGCUGGGGCCACGACGAGGAGGACGCCAGCGAUGCCAAGCGCAAGACGUCCGCCAGUCCCAAAGCUCUGAGCGACAUUGUGAAGCGCUUGUCCAGCGUCGUGAAGGAGAAGACGGCGCCCGAGGAACUGCAGGCGCUGGCGGCAGCGGCCACGCGCCCUCUCAUCGGCGCCGGCGGGCAACUGGACGCGCAGGCGGCGAGAGCGCGCGCGCUGGCGCAGGCCAGCUUGCUGUCGCUUAACUUGCCCAGCGCCAAGGUGUCGCCCAACGAUCUGGCGCGCCGCCUGUACAUCGGCAACCUCUACUACGACCUCAAGGAGGAGGACAUCCGCAGCGCCUUCGCACCGUUUGGAGCGAUCCACUCGAUCGAUCUGUCGCUAGAGCCUGGAGCUUCGCGGUCGAAGGGUUUCUGCUUUUUGGAGUACGAAGACGUCUUGGCAGCAGAAAGCGCGGUGCAAGUGCUUAACGGAACUCCUUUAGCCAAUCGAGCGAUGCGGGUUGGCCGCCCGCAUCGCGGAAACACGAACCCAAAUGAUUCGCUUUCUAUCGGACAGGAGGCAAUCAAAAAUGUGCCUACUAAGUGUAUCUACAUCGCUAAUGUCCGCGUCGAGCUUAACAGCCAGCACUUGGAGAGUAUAUUUUCCCCAUUUGGAGCGAUCCGCUCCUCUGUCAUGGCUGCUGUUUCGCCGCUCGAGUCUGGAGUGCACCGCGGAUACGGCUUCAUGGAGUUCGUGGAGGAAAGCUGCGCGGCAAGUGCUAUUCAGCACAUGAAUGGGUUUGAGCUGGCCGGCCAGCCGCUUAAAGUGGGCAAGGCCAGCGAAGCUGCUAUGCUGAUCAACCUUGCCACCAGCCAGGACAAGGUUGUGCGCGAUGGUCCGGGUGCCACGACUGACGGGGCUAAUGGAUUGGUGCCGGAGCCAAAGAAGACGGCAACCUUCGCUGAGGAUGAUGUCGAAGGCGUGAAGGACGUUGCUGAUGGAGACGAUAAGUGCUGUCUCUGCUUGAUGAACCUCGUGAACCGCGGAGAGGUGGACGAGGAGCUGGAGGAUGAGGUGCGUGGCGAGUGUGGCAAGUUCGGUAACGUCAACAAGGUAGAAAUCCACGAGCUGGCAGACCACGUGCGCGUUUUUGUUUUGUUUGACGAAGCAUUCGGCGCGAGCAAGGCCAAACAGGCGCUGCACGGCCGCUUCUUCGGCGGGAACCAAGUGCAGGCGCAUUACUAUCCUCUGCGCGAGCUGGAGCAGCAGCGUUACACGAGUGGAUUCCUGUAA